GCACACGUUAUUGGACCGCACGGUCACAUGAUACCGGCACGCAGUGGUAAGAUCACUCCACCACCCGCACUGGGCAACGGUGGUUCCGGAUCAAUGUUCCGGAGCAGCUCACCGUUGCCGGCGAGUGUGUACGCUGCGCGGCAUACGAGCGAUUAUGCGGUGCGUCUAGGGAAUCUAGAUUCGCUCAUCAGUUACAGUAACAUCCGGCGUUUCUUCCUUUCCAACACGAUCGCUACGCAAGGCAUCAAGAUGAUCAACGAUGAGCACGGCCGGCGGACGGGAGUAGCGUACGUGCAGUUCUCGCGCAAGGAGGGCAAAACGUGUGCUCUGCAGCGUAACGGUGAGCUGUUUCGACGAAAGCGCAUCCAGGUGGAAUCGAUUACGGAUCAGGAAUUCGAACAAGCAAUCGAUUCGUAUCGACCAACUGGUGGAGACGCUGGUGAUGAUCGUCGUAACAGACGCGCUGGUAAUCGGUCGCGGUUUGACGAUGGGAACGAUGAGGUGAUCGAAAUCGAUGCCGAUCAGGGUAACGAUGACAAUGGUAGCAGGUGGCAACGCACCGGCCAACAGGAACACGGGGAUCAGCCGGAGCAGAAAUCGACGACCGCGUUGAAGGUGCGGAACCUACCGACGCUGACGACCGAGCAGGACAUAAUGAAAAUGUUCUCCGAUUUCACCGUGGUCGAGGUGCUGAUCGUGCGCAACCACGCUAUACCGAAGCAGCUCGACGGGUACAUUCGGUUCCACCGGCAGGAGGAUGCUCGGGAAGCCUGGAAUCAAACGCAUCGCCAUUACAUAGCCAACAAGCGGGUGAUUGUGCGGAUGUGCUCGGAGCUUGAUUACGCGGUGGCCAAGAAUGAGUACGAAAAUCCGGUGGAGCCGCCGCAGUCCAUUGACGAGGAGGAGGGAAGAGAGAAGGAGAAGCACCAGCAGCAGCAGCAGAUGAAUGCGAGUGAUCACGAUCGUCAACCAGCGUUGUCGUCGUCGUCGUCGCUGUUGCAGGACGACGACGUGCAGAUCAUCGGAGAGGUACAGGAGUCAACGAACUUUAAGGGAAUGCACGGCGGUGAUCCGGUGAGCCGCGAUCCGUUCCAACGUUCCAUUGACUGGAAUGUCGAGAAGAAUUGGGACGAAGAAGAGGAAAAUAUGCCCCCGCGUGGUGGUAGACAGGGCUCAGUGGAUGGGCGCGAUAUGGGCUUCUCCUCUUCCUCUUCCUCCUCGAUGCAACCUCAGCCAGGUGCCGUUGGACGGGAUCCACGUUUGAAUCGUGAUCCACGAAUGAAUCGUUUUGCAAGCAAUUCUGAUCAACAGCAACAGCAGCAGCAGAACCAAGAGAGACAAAAUAAUGGCAAUGAGGUGAACAGUCAGCUUCAACAACAGCAAAUGCAACAUCUGCAGCAAAUGCAACUACUACAGCAACUGCAUCAACAGCAGCAACAGCAGCAGCAGCAGCAGCAACAGCAACAAGACAAUGGUGAUGAUCGUUGGCCAAUGCAGCAUGAUCCACGGCGAAUGAACGGUAACAGCAACGAUAGUAGCGAGCUGUUUCAGCGCACCAACUGUUUGCUGCUGCGUAACGUUAAAGCCACGGCAACCAAGCGGGAUGUGUAUGAGUUCUUUGCGGAGGAUGGUUUCCGGGCGAAGGAUGUGCAGCUGGUGGCGGAUGAGUGGGGUUUCCGGACGGGCGAGGCAGUGGUUCAGUUCGAUUCGGCCAGCGAGGCCGCACACGCGGAGUCCAAAUCGUCACAAAUGCUGGCCAACCAGACUGUCUUCGCCAGCCAUCUCGAUCGAGGUCAGGUGGGGGAAUUGUUGCAGCGGUUUUACGAACAGGAGCAGAAACGGAACGAGAACCAGCAGCGCCAUUCGCGGAGCGAAGGAAGCCCCCCUCGCUCCCGGUUAAACGGUGGCCGCGGUUCCGAGAACGAUGAUGAUGGUGACGACGACCCUCGCAGCUGUGUGGUGGGAAUGUUCAAUUUAGCCUACAAGACGACGGUCGAGGAUGUGCAGCGGUUCUUCCGUGAGUACCGGUUACCGGUCGAAAACAUCAAACGAGUGUUUAUGAAUGAUGGCAAGGCGACGGGUGAGGCACUGGUGCGGUUCCGGAAUCCGCGCGAAGCGCGCCGGGCAAUCCGGGAGAGUGGCAACCAGCGAAUGUUGGGUCGCAUUGUACGGCUGCGGAUAGUGGAAGAUGGUACGGAGCCUCGUAGUCGGAAGGUUUACUAAGGGUCGGUGGGCCGGUGUGCUGUGGGCGGUCGGUGUACAUAUGGAGUGUGUGGAGUUUGUAUGAAUUGACUUUAUAUCUAGAGGUAUUUGAA